AUGGCCGCCUCGAAACCACGGCCCUACAGGCGCAUUUUGACCUCUGCGCUGCAUCGGAGGUUUGUCCAUGCCUCUGCUCUCGCGCUGCUAGUCGACUAUGUUGUGUCUUUUGCCAUCGGAGUGAAAUCUUCAUUUUUCUGGUCAUGGUUUCCAAUUGGAAUCUGCGGGCUACGUGCUCUGCUGCUCUUCGUUUCUAGUCUGUCCGUUUUUGUCCUCCGCGUUGGUCAGAUGCAUGUUGGGCCUCGCACAACAAAUUCCCAGUUUGCUACCUUUCGCCACCUUUUCCCCCUACAUAUAAUCCAGACACUCGGAUGGUAUCUCUUCUCCGCAUGGUGGUUCAGUGAGAUAUAUGUGUGGUCUGCCCCCCAGACCGCAGACCUGGGAUGGGUGAAACCCGGCCGACCCAAUGAGCGAACCACGUUGAACGAGAGACCGAUAUAUCUUCACUGCUACCACUUGCUUCUGGCGAUCAUGCAGGCUGCCAUACAUUUGUACAGCGAUUGCGACCGUCUCGACAUACCCGUUGCGAAGCGGACCCGAGAAGCAGAGGAUCAGCGGACCCAUCCGGUAGAUUCUGUCGUGAAGAGGAUACAACAGGCAGUCAUCAAAAGCGUCUUCGAUUCUUUUACGAGGGGUGUUCUGAUGGCUGUCGCCAGUCCUUUCAUCUACAUGCUGUUCCUCCGACACACCGCGUGGAGCUACACUUUGUAUUUCGCGAAACUCUUCUGGAACUUCCCGCGAGCUGCAGCAGCUCCCCCGGGUCGUAUUCCUUCGGCCAUUUAUUCUCUGUUUCCAAAGCAGGUCGUCUCUGGAGCGUGCCUUGUCUUUUUGUGGCAGACUUCCAACGUUUUCUUCACGGUCUUCAUCGCUCAGGAGCCUCUGAAGCGGGGUCAACCGCUCACAACUGAGACGAAGGAUCCUACUGGAAGUCUGAUUAAUGGAUUGAAGGCAAGAAAGGAGCUACCAGCGCUUCCCGGACCGACGGAAACGAUUUUCAGCGACAUUGAUCGUGACGGGGGGCCAGCAUGGACGCAGAUUCUGAAUGCGUCUGUCGAAAUCGUCAAAGGAAUUACCACGCGGAUCAACGAAUAUAAAAACCCACCGUCGGCAGUCUCCAAAUCGACGGCUGAGCAGCCUCAGCUCCAGACUCUGCCGCGGUUGACGGAGCCUCCCAAGCAAGAGAACAUUUUUGCUGCAUCGCCCAAGGGAACCUCGCGCCACGCAAAGCUUGGGGAGACUAUUAGUACGACAGCAAAGUCUUACGGCCAGUCUCCCGAUUGGACACCGAUUGCAAGGGCCAAAGCUCGCGAUAUGCUGAACCAAGCCUCCAACGCUGUUCUGAGUCCGGAAAGAAAACAGAAGCUGCUUGGAUCGUCGCCGGAAAUGAAGCUUUUGACUGGAGCGCAGCCAUCUUCGGCCGGUCCUUCCAUUCCGUUCAUCUCCCCGAUCCUCCGAUCUCCCGUGGGCCAGCUCUUCCGGCAGACGUACGAUCGUCGCCUACGCCGUAUCGUACUUGGCGGCCCUCACGGAGAACUUGGACCGAUCGUCGACGCUAUCGAGUCGUUGACGAGGCUCCUCGUCGCGAGUCUGGCAGAGGACCCGUACGGCAAGGUGCAGGCCGACGUUCCCACCGUCGUGCGCCUCUUCACCGACACGAUCAUCACCUUGGAAGACUUUGUGCAGGGCGGUCUUGACGUCCACUGGACGGACGUCACCUUCCCGCCCUCGAGCGAUGCGGCAGCUCAGGAGCAGGCACGACGCGUCCCGGAGGUGGACAUCGUCCUGGACACGUUGAAGUCGUCGCUUUCAGACCUUUUGGCCGCCUUUAAACCCUACCUGGGGGAGGUAGGGUUAAAGGAGAAGGAUCUCCGCUUAGCCCGCGCGGCAGCAGGCAUCGUUGACGAAGAUCAGGAACCAUCUUCUUGA